AUUGAGGGAACGGUGGCUGAGUUGUUCGCCCCAUAGUCCGACAACUUUCAUAGGCACGAGUGUUAAGCGACGGAUCUCUUCCCGGUUGUCCGCCUAGUUUCCCCUCAUCACAAAUUCCCCAAGCUAGUUAGUACGUUAAGGGCCACACGGAAGCUAUAGGUAUCCCUAUUUUUCUCGUGCUAAACCAACCUCACACAAAGAGCCUCACAAUCAAUCAUUGGUGAUUUCACUAGUCUACGUUGUGGAACAUGCAAUCUGGUCGCCAACCUACACUGACCAUGUCUCCAUCCAAUGCUCACCCGGCGGCUCAACCGGAUUGGAAUAAUCUUAGCGUUCUUCAUAGGAACACUCUUUCUCCAAGAACCAACUUCUACACUUACAACUCUCCUCGAGAUGCCUUGACCUAUGAUAUCAAUAAAUCCAACACUUACUGCCUCUCGGGAACUUGGAAGUUCAAUCUCGCCGCAAACCCAUUCGAAGCGCCUGAUGGUUUCGAGGAUAAGGCCUUUAACACAGAGGGAUGGGACGACGUGACGGUGCCGAAUAUGUGGCAGCUGAACGGAUAUGGAAAGGGGCCUCACUAUACGAACGUCAAUUUCCCGAUCCCAGUUGACCCACCUAAUGUCCCAUUCGAGGAGAACGAGACAGGGUCAUACGUGAGAAAAUUUACAGUUCCUGAUGCGCUCAAAGGUUGUCAACUUCGAUUGAGAUUCGAGGGCGUAGAUUCUGCUUUCCACGUAUGGGUGAAUGGGAAGGAGAUUGGAUAUCAUCAGGGGUCGCGGAACCCGUCCGAGUUUGACAUUACGGAAGUUGUAGACGAUACAGUUGAAAAUACCAUCGCGAUUCGGGUUUAUCAAUAUUGCGACGGAACAUAUAUCGAGGACCAGGACCAAUGGAGGAUGAGCGGAAUCUACCGGGAUGUUUAUCUUCUUGGGUUUCCAGCUGAUUCGCGUAUUGAGGAUUUAUUCGUGCAGACGAAGUUAGAUGCUCAAUACGUCAAUGCCGACCUCAAGAUUCGAGUAAAUGCUACUGGCCCAGCUAAAAUUCGAGUCAAUCUCUACGACCCAUCAAAAAGCGAAAUCGUUGCCACGAACGCAUCCGAGGCAUCUCAAGGGAAAGUCGAUUUUUCUCUCCCUGUAGAAAAUCCCCUGAAAUGGACGGCGGAAACACCUACGCUCUAUCAUCUGAUGGUCUCGUUGAAUGAUACAAGCUACGUUGCUCAUCGCAUAGGCUUCCGACAAGUGGAGAUGAAGGAUGGACUCAUCAAGGUCAAUGGCCAACGAAUUGUCCUGAAAGGUGCCAAUCGACAUGAGCACCACCCCAAGCUUGGACGAGCCGUUCCUUCUGAAUUUAUGAAACAGGAUCUACUACUCAUGAAAACCCACAACAUCAACGCUAUCCGAACUUGCCAUCAGCCAAGCGAUGUUCGGCUAUAUGACCUUGCUGAUGAAUUAGGCUUUUGGGUUAUGGACGAAGCCGAUCUUGAAUGUCAUGGGUUUGAGUCUAUUUGCGACGCCGCGCUAUCUCCUGCAGAUCGAGUUCUCCCUUUCCGCGAGCGACAGCUCUUAACUCGAAAUGAUGCAGCCAAAUGGACAUCAGACAAUCCUGUUUGGGAGGAAGCCUAUGUAGACCGUGCCAAGCAAUUGGUUCGUCGCGACCAACUUCACCCCUCUGUCAUCAUCUGGUCCUUAGGAAAUGAAGCUUUCUUCGGUCGGAACCACGAGUCAAUGUAUAAUUGGAUCAAAUCAUACGAUGAUAGUCGACCGGUCCACUAUGAGGCCGAUAUACACGCCGGAACUAUGGAUAUGUAUUCUAUGAUGUAUCCGCCGAUCGAAAUCAUCGUGAACUUCGCAAAAGACGACUCCAAAUCCAAGCCUCUAGUUCUGUGCGAGUUUAUUCAUGCUAUGGGCAACGGUCCAGGGAAUAUCAAGGAGUACAUUGAUGCCUUCUACGAAUAUUCAAAGCUCCAGGGUGGCUUUGUUUGGGAAUGGGCGAACCAUGGCCUUUUAACGAAGGACAAGGAAACUGGCGACGAAUUUUAUGCGUAUGGGGGUGAUUUUGGCGAUGUCCCAAAUGACAGCAACUUUAUCAUGGAUGGGGUGCUGCAUUCCGAUCAUACACCAACACCCGGAUUGAUUGAGUAUAAAAAGGGACUCGAACCAGUCAAGGUCAUUUCGCACACAUCGCGGAGCGCGACUAUCAUCAAUCGGUACGACUUCAUUAACCUCAAUCAUCUAAAAUGCAAUUAUGUGGUGCUAGAUGGAGGCAAGCCAACAUCUCAUGCCGGCGGCAUUGAGAUUCCUUCUGGGGUGGGGCCAGGCCAAACAACCGAGCUGGCGCUUCCUCUCCCACCCGAUUAUUUAACUGGGGAGGGCAUACUACAAUUGUCCUUCCGCCAACGUACCGCAACACUAUCUCUUCCUGCAGGGUUCGAGGUCGCCUUUGAAGAGAUUUCCAUAAAUGACCCUACUCUCUCCCCCAUAGCCCAAGCUGAGCCCAGGGACAAAGUGACUAUUAUCGAGUCCCCAAAUCUUCUGGCCAUUAACUCCGCAAACACAUCAUGGACAUUCUCGCCGGUUCACGGCAAGUUGCGCUCAUUCAGGAAAAAUUCCACCGAAUUCUUAGCCACUAGUCCCGAGUUUACCGCUUACCGAGCCCCAACAGAUAAUGACGCGCCACAAGACGGAAGUGACUGGAAAAAUCGAUUGCUACAUCUCGCAAAGUCUUAUACCCGCGGCUGCACAUGGAAUCUUGAAUCUGAUGGGACUACUUUUGUCAUCCAUGUACAGCAACGGUUUGCCCCACCAGUUCUCUCAUGGUCCAUCGACCUAGACUUCACUUACACAUUCCACGCAUCGGGUACUCUUGCGAUCCGCGUGAAGGGUACUCCGAAGGGACAGAACUUACCUCGCACACUGCCGCGCAUAGGCCUCACCAUGGAGCUACCGAGUAGUUGGGCUGGACGAAGCGCCGGCGACGCACCGCCGGCAGUGACUUGGUACGGCCGCGGUCCCGGCGAGAGCUACCGGGACAAGAAACUCUCGCAGCGCACGGGUAUAUACCAAGUCGCGGAAGUAUCCGAACUUUGGACCGACUACGAAUACCCACAAGAAAGCGGCAAUCGGACGGAUACGCGGUGGGUUAAAUUCACAGACGCUGGAGGCGAGUCCAUUACCGCUACAUUCGCGGACUUAAACGCUCCGGAGAAGAAGGUGAAGUCGUUCGAUUUUAAUGCGUCGCAUUACCGUGCCGCUGAUGUGGAAGCUGCGAAACAUCCUUAUGAGCUACGUAGGAAGAGGGCGGAGAAUGUGGUGUUGAGACUUGAUGGGGUGCAUCAUGGACUUGGGAGUGGUUCGUGUGGCCCGAAGACUCGGGAUGAGUAUGCGCUUUUGAUGGGAGAGUUUGAGUUUGAGGUUAUACUCGCUUAAGGGCGGAGAUGAGGUACCAUUGGAUCCCCCAUCUUACAUGUACCUAGGUACCAAAUUUCAACACUAG